GCCCAGCGACCUCCGCCUUCAUUCCCCUUCUUCUUGAGUUCUCCGGUUCUCCCCCUGCGAGCACCACACCGACGACAAGGAGAAGGGAAGCCACCACGAACAAGAGAGAGGCCGAGGUUUGGUGUUUCCGAAUCGUUCGCCGCGCUCGGCGAGAUGUCUUCCCCCGCAGAGUACUACAAUUCACUGCCACCAAUAAGCAAGGCAUAUGGGACAUUGUGUUUCUUCACCACAGUGCUGGUUCAGCUCCAGAUACUGGACCCAACCCUUAUUUUCUUAGAUUAUCCCUUUGUGUUCAAGCGCUUUCAGAUAUGGAGGCUAUUUACAAGCUUCUUUUUCCUUGGCAAGUUCUCCAUCAACUUUGGUAUUCGCCUUCUGAUGAUAGCAAGAUACGGAGUGCAGUUGGAGAAGGGUUCAUUUGAGAAGCGGACAGCUGAUUUCCUGUGGAUGAUGAUAUUCGGUGCAAUCUCGCUAUUGGUAUUGUCUGCUAUUCCCUAUCUGCAGACUGCUUUCUUGGGUGUUCCUAUGGUUAGCAUGCUUCUCUAUGUCUGGAGCAGAGAGUAUCCAAAUUCUCAGAUAAGCAUGUAUGGCCUCGUACAGUUGAGGUCCUUCUAUCUACCAUGGGCUAUGCUUGCAUUGGAUGUGGUAUUUGGCUCCAAAAUACUACCUGGUCUUCUGGGUAUUAUGGUUGGGCAUCUGUACUACUUCUUUGCAGUGUUGCAUCCACUGGCCAGUGGAAAGAACUACCUCAAGACUCCCGUAUGGGUACACAGGAUUGUUGCUCGAUUCAGGUUUGGAGUGCAGGCAAACUCUCCAGUCCGACCCACCAACACCGGCCCUAGUGCCUUCAGAGGAAGAAGCUACAGGCUCAGUCAAUAGACUUGGCUUAGAGGAGAUGGACAAAUGCCCUAUGCUGCGACACAGGGCGAUGUAGAAGAAACAUGAACAAGUUAACCCUGACUCAAUCUAGGAAUCUGGAGUUGGAUUUACUACCUCACCGAAGAAUGUUAUGUAAAUGCUCUCAUCGAAUCUCUGCCGAUGUACACUCAUGCAUUGUACCAAGGACUGACAGCUGCCUGUCUUUGCCCUUGCCAUUUUCUCCCGAUGAAAAGAUGCCUGCUUGCACUCUUGCUUGCUUACACUCAUGAAGUAAUGCCUUGGGCUGGCAUGUGUCAUACUGUACUAAUUUUGUAUAUGGGCCGUUAACUGGUGACGUUUACAUAGCACUACUCCCAUCA